ACUGCCCCUUCUGGCGCCCGGGCUAGAAAAGAGAGUUGAUGCCGGCGGCAGUGAUGAGUCCUAGGCGGCGCUGCUUGCUCUGCGGCUUCGAAGAGCGGCUUCUGCUGGUGGCCUCUUUGCAGAUGUUUUUCUGCCGUUGAACCUUGGCCCAUCUGAAGGCACGAGGGACGCUCCGCCAUCAGUAUGUCCAAAUACAAACUGAUUAUGUUAAGACAUGGAGAGGGUGCUUGGAAUAAAGAGAAUCGUUUUUGUAGCUGGGUGGAUCAGAAACUUAACAACGAAGGAAUGGAGGAAGCCCGGAACUGUGGGAAGCAGCUCAAAGCGCUCAACUUUGAGUUUGACCUUGUGUUCACAUCCAUCCUUAAUCGGUCCAUCCACACGGCCUGGCUGAUCCUGGAAGAGCUGGGCCAGGAGUGGGUACCCGUGGAGAGCUCCUGGCGCCUGAAUGAGCGUCACUACGGCGCCUUGAUCAGCCUCAAUAGGGAGCAGAUGGCUUUGAAUCACGGCGAGGAGCAAGUGAGGCUCUGGAGAAGAAGCUACAACGUGACCCCGCCGCCCAUCGAGGAGUCUCACCCUUUCUACCACGAAAUCUACAAUGACCGGAGGUAUAAAGUGUGCGAUGUGCCCGUGGACCAGCUGCCGCGGUGUGAAAGCUUGAAGGAUGUCCUGGAGAGACUCCUUCCCUUUUGGAAUGAAAGGAUUGCCCCUGAAGUGUUACGUGGCAAAACCGUUCUGAUAUCUGCUCAUGGAAAUAGCAGUAGGGCACUCCUGAAACAUCUGGAAGGCAUCUCAGACGAAGACAUCAUCAACAUCACUCUUCCUACCGGUGUCCCCAUUCUCCUGGAACUGGAUGAGAACCUGCGCGCUGUUGGGCCUCACCAGUUCCUGGGAGACCAAGAGGCUAUCCAGGCUGCCAUUAAGAAAGUAGAAGAUCAAGGAAAAGUGAAAAAAGCUGAAAAAUAAAGUCUUUCCCAAGUCCUGGCUAAGAAUAGCUGCAAAAAGGAGUGGCAUGCAGUAUGUUAUAUAGGUGCUGAUCUCAAUAUCUCCCUCCUUCCUUGCCUCCCUCCAUCCCUCCCUCCAUCCCACCUUCCGUAUCCUGGUUUUUCCUGAUUUUUCCAGAGCUAGGCUGUGGGGUAAAGUUUGUAUAGCUAACUAGGGAACUUAUGUUGGCCCAGAUAAGGACUUUAGGAUGCUUGAGUGCUUGCAACAUAAAUCUUACGGGUUCGCUCUCCUGCUGGCCCUGUGUGAAUUCGUCACUAAACUUGUAACCGGUGGGGCUUCAUCAAUGUCCUGAGUUUCUGAGAUGGGAGAGUGAUCAGUGGAGGUAAAGUUUCAGGUAUUCAUCAUGCAGUAAAUCAUUAUCGUGUCACCACUGGCAGGUACUACUCCAAUAAGUAGGUCACGUCUAUAUUUACUAAGACUUUCUGGGAUGAUAGAAAAGGAUAUUCGAUAAUGCACUAUACUUAAGUAUUUAUUACUAGUCUUUUCCUCUAGGAAAAGGGAUGCUUUGAAAGGUACGACAGGAGGCCCAUGAAAUGGGAAGGCCACAGAAAGGUUCCUCCAAGACAGCCAACGACAGAACAAGGCCCUUGGCCUCGUCUGUAGUCUAGAGACAUCCUUUGCUUGACAUUUUUGGUGGAAUUUCUCUUCGGCAGCUAUUAUAGAAUUAGCAGCACGUAGACACCUGUAACCCUUUUUUUUGUUUUGUUUUGUUUCUGUUUUUUGAAUCUUAAUCCUUGGGUACUUAAAAUUGGUUUAGGAAUAAAGUUCUGUGACCGAAAAAUGUA